UGAUUUUUUGAAAGUCAGUCGUAGUUUAAAUCGCUCUACAAAGUUUAUUAAUUUCGAUCGGUUUUAGCUAAUUUAAAUUCACUAUAGUUAUAUAUCCUAGGUGUUUAAAUGCUGUGUAUCCAUAUUUGUUAAAUCUGUAAACGGUAAAGUACAUUUUAUACUUAUAUUAAAUCAUUUCUAACCUGAGUUCUAUCGUGUGUUUACAAAUUAAACCAGUUUUUUGGACAUUCGUUGAAAUUGAAAUCAGGUCUUAUCAGCAAUUAGUUCGGGUGCGAACAAUUACACUGAAGGAUUAAAGUAAUCCGAUUUAUUUUUAUUUAGUAAGAUGACGAGGGAUAUUGUGAUAUUAUCAAGUAACUGUGCUAGAUGUAAAAACGUUGUAAAGACUGGAUUAACAUGUACUGUUUGCUUUACUCUAUCGCAUAAAAGUUGUCUGGAGAAAUUAAAAAAUGUUGAGUUCAUUGACGAUAAAUUCGUAAUUUGUUGUGGAUCUGUAGGAAAACCAACUCUCGAUAUGAAGGACAAAGGUUCUACUUCCAACAUCGUAAAUUCGGUUUCUCAGGAUGCCAUAAAAGAUUUAAAAAUUAAGCAUUUAGAGGAGCUUUUGAAGCAAAAAGACCUGAUAAUUGCAAAUCAGGAAGUUGCUUUAGAAGCACUUAACAAUGAAAACUCGCUCUUACGAAAGUUGAUACCUGAUGACUUUACAAAACCGGCAAUUGCUUCGAUGUCACCUCCAACUAAUUUCUGGAAAUCGAGGAAACUUUCAUCUAACAACCACCAACUGUCAACUAGUGCAACUAAUUCCACACAAGCACACAAUGUAGUCACCAAAGCAGUUGCAAAUGAACACAAAGGAAACUGGGAAGACUCUAAAAACAAAAUAUCACCCGCAGCGGUUUCUUAUGCUAUUCAUGAAGCUAAGGCCUCCAAAGUGGGCAACGACAUAAUCAACCUUACAAAUGAGGCAUAUAGAAAUACAAGCAGAAGCAAUACAUCAUUUAAAAGAAAAAACAUGUGUCUACUCGUAGGUAAUAAUGAAGGCUCAACAUCGUGUCCAUUUAAAGCUGCAACAUCUAAUCGCGCUAAAGAAUUCCAUGCAACAAAUUUUGAUGUUGACGUUAAUACAGAGGAAUUAAAUACAUAUCUUCAAUCGUUUGCACCGAAUGCUAAAGUGGAAAAAUUAACAGCGAGAUUUCCUAUGAAAUAUGCUUCAUUUAAAAUUACUGUGCCAUCCGAAGAAGCUGAUGAACUUUUAGUACCAGACAUAUGGCCGGCAAAAACCAUUAUAAAUAAUUUUUUUCCGUCUAGGAAGUUGCACAGCGAGCCGCAAUCAACAAAGUAGUUUAGAAAGUAUUUUGUUAACAUGCUCUGUGUUACACUUAAAUGUCCAGAGUAUCACAAAUAAAGUUGAUGAAUUAAAUUUAUUGUUAGACUCUAAUCAAAUUGAUAUUCUAUGUUUGUCAGAACACUGGCUCCCUUUUAAUAAAUUAGAAAAAAUUAAAUUAAAAAAUUAUAACUUAAUCUCCUCUUUUUGUAGAAAAGAUAAAGAACGUGGGGGUGUAGCGAUUUUCGCCGCAAACAUAAUUAGGCUUAAGCCAAUAAAUAUAAGUAGAUUUUGUAUUCCUCAGCAUGCCGAAUUCUGUGGAGCAAUUAUCCCUAAUACAAACUGUGUUUUAAUUACAAUAUACAGAUCAUCAAGCAAUGGUGAUAUGUUAAUAUUUAAAGAACAGUUAUUUACUCUAAUUGAUCAUCUAUUUAAUAAAUACAAAAACUGUAUUCUAUUGGGAGAUAUUAAUCUGGACAUGGAAAGUAACACAGAACAUGUCAAAGAUAUUAAACAUUUUUUCAAUAUGUACGGUUU